CGGCGCCCCCCCUCCGCACUCCUGAGCUCCUGCCCGCCCCCUGCGCCCUGGUGGUAGGAAACACUCUCGGCUCCAACUCGACGUGUCCGGAAAGCCCUGGCCACUUUCCCUUUCGCUCUGUGGCCGCUGCCCUCCGGCUCGCCUCGCCCUCGGACCCACGGGAGCAUCCGCCGUGUGUGAGGCGCCCGGGGCCCUCGGGGCUCAGCGAGGGACGAGACGAGCCUGAGCGGCAGCUGGACGAGGAGCAAGAGCGCAGGAUCCGCUUGCAGCUUUACGUCUUCGUGGUGCGGUGCAUCGCUUACCCCUUCAACGCCAAGCAGCCCACGGACAUGGCCCGGCGGCAGCAGAAGCUUAACAAACAACAAUUGCAGUUACUGAAAGAACGUUUCCAGGCCUUCCUCAAUGGGGAAACCCAAAUUGUAGCUGAUGAAGCAUUUUGCAAUGCAGUUCGGAGUUACUAUGAGGUUUUUCUAAAGAGUGACCGAGUGGCCAGAAUGGUACAGAGUGGAGGAUGUUCUGCCAGUGACUUCAGGGAAGUGUUUAAGAAAAAUAUAGAGAAACGUGUACGCAGUUUGCCAGAAAUAGAUGGCUUGAGCAAAGAAACAGUGCUGAGCUCAUGGAUAGCCAAAUAUGAUGCCAUUUACAGGGGCGAAGAGGACUUGUGCAAACAGCCAAACAGAAUGACCCUAAGUGCUGUGUCUGAACUUAUUCUGAGCAAGGAACAACUCUAUGAAAUGUUUCAGCAGAUUCUAGGUAUUAAAAAACUAGAACACCAGCUCCUGUAUAAUGCAUGUCAGCUGGAUAAUGCAGAUGAACAAGCAGCCCAGAUCAGAAGGGAACUUGAUGGUCGGCUACAAUUGGCAGAAAAAAUGGCAAAGGAAAGAAGAUUCCCCAAAUUUAUAGCCAAAGAAAUGGAGAAUAUGUAUAUUGAAGAGUUGAGGUCUUCUGUGAAUUUGCUAAUGGCCAAUUUGGAAAGUCUUCCAGUUUCAAAAGGUGGCCCAGAAUUUAAAUUACAAAAAUUAAAACGUUCACAGAAUUCUGCGUUUUUGGACCUAGGAGAUGAGAAUGAGAUUCAGCUAUCCAAGUCAGACGUUGUACUGUCUUUCACCUUGGAGAUUGUCAUAAUGGAAGUACAAGGUUUGAAGUCAGUCGCUCCCAAUCGAAUUGUUUACUGCACAAUGGAGGUGGAAGGAGGAGAGAAACUGCAGACUGACCAGGCUGAAGCCUCAAGGCCACAAUGGGGAACUCAAGGAGAUUUCACCACCACCCACCCUAGGCCUGUGGUCAAAGUAAAGCUCUUCACAGAAAGCACGGGAGUGCUGGCCCUGGAAGACAAGGAGCUGGGAAGGGUGAUAUUAUAUCCAACUUCUAAUAGCUCUAAGUCAGCUGAAUUACACCGAAUGAUAGUUCCAAAAAAUAGUCAGGACUCUGACUUAAAAAUCAAACUGGCAGUGCGUAUGGAUAAACCACCACACAUGAAGCAUAGUGGGUAUCUGUAUGCUGUUGGACAAAAGGUUUGGAAAAGAUGGAAAAAACGUUACUUUGUUCUCGUUCAGGUUAGUCAGUACACUUUUGCUAUGUGCAGUUAUAGAGAAAAAAAGUCUGAACCACAAGAAUUAAUGCAGCUUGAAGGAUACACUGUGGAUUAUACAGAUCCCCACCCAGGCCUUCAGGGUGGCGAGAUGUUUUUUAAUGCUGUUAAAGAAGGAGAUACUGUAAUAUUUGCCACUGAUGAUGAACAGGACCGGAUAUUAUGGGUUCAAGCCAUGUACAGGGCCACAGGUCAAUCAUAUAAACCAGUUCCUGCAAUCCAAACUCAGAAGCUCAAUCCUAAAGGAGGAACUCUUCAUGCUGAUGCUCAGCUUUCUGGUAAAGAUGCAGAUCGUUUUCAGAAACACGGUAUGGAUGAGUUUAUUUCUGCUAAUCCUUGCAAGCUUGACCACGCCUUCCUUUUUAGACUACUCCAGAGGCAGACUUUGGAUCAUAGACUGAAUGAUUCUUAUUCUUGUUUGGGAUGGUUUAGCCCUGGCCAAGUCUUUGUGUUAGAUGAGUACUGUGCCCGUUAUGGCGUGAGAGGCUGUCAUAGACAUCUCUGCUACCUUACAGAACUGAUGGAACAUUCAGAAAACGGUGCUGUCAUUGACCCAACCCUGCUCCAUUACAGCUUUGCAUUCUGUGCCUCUCAUGUGCACGGCAACAGGCCUGAUGGAAUUGGAACUGUUUCAGUGGAAGAAAAGGAGAGGUUUGAAGAGAUAAAAGAGAGAUUGUCUUCCCUUUUAGAAAAUCAGAUAAGCCAUUUCAGAUAUUGUUUUCCCUUUGGACGACCUGAAGGUGCUCUAAAAGCUACACUUUCAUUACUUGAAAGGGUUUUAAUGAAAGAUAUUGCCACUCCCAUCCCAGCAGAAGAGGUGAAGAAAGUGGUCAGAAAAUGUCUUGAAAAAGCUGCCUUGAUCAAUUACACUAGACUCACAGAAUAUGCCAAAAUAGAAGGCCCAGCAGAAAAGGAAACAGAGACCAUGAACCUGGCAACUCCUGCCAGGAAGCUGGAAGAGGUUCUUCAUCUAGCAGAGCUCUGCAUAGAAGUCUUACAGCAGAAUGAAGAGCAUCAUGCAGAGGGAAGAGAGGCAUUUGCCUGGUGGCCUGAUUUAUUGGCUGAGCAUGCGGAGAAAUUUUGGGCUUUAUUCACAGUAGAUAUGGAUACUGCACUGGAGACUCAACCACAAGACUCCUGGGAUAGUUUUCCUCUUUUCCAACUGCUUAAUAAUUUCCUCAGAAACGACUCACUUUUGUGUAAUGGAAAAUUUCACAAACACUUGCAAGAGAUCUUUGUGCCCUUGGUUGUCCGCUACGUGGAUCUCAUGGAGUCUUCCAUCGCCCAGUCAGUUCACAAAGGUUUUGAGCAAGAAACGUGGCAGCCAGUCAAGAGUAUCGCCAACAGUCUUCCCAAUGUAGCUCUUCCAAAAGUUCCAAGUCUGCCUCUUAAUCUUCCACAGAUUCCUAACUUUUCUACUCCUUCGUGGAUGGCUUCUUUAUAUGAGUCCACCAAUGGCUCGGCAACAUCGGAAGAUCUUUUUUGGAAACUUGAUGCACUUCAAAUGUUUGUCUUUGAUCUUCAUUGGCCAGAACAAGAAUUUGCCCAUCACUUAGAACAAAGACUUAAACUAAUGGCCAGUGACAUGAUAGAGGCCUGUGUCAAAAGAACAAGAACUGCAUUUGAACUUAAGCUGCAAAAGGCAAGCAAAACAACUGAUUUGCGCAUUCCAGCUUCUGUGUGCACAAUGUUUAAUGUAUUAGUCGAUGCCAAAAAACAAAGCACCAAACUCUGUGCCCUGGAUGGAGGACAGGAGGUCCAGUUGGGUAGUCAGUGGCAACAGUACCACUCAAAAAUAGACGAUUUGAUUGACAACACUGUAAAAGAAAUCAUUUCGCUGCUAGUUUCAAAGUUUGUUUCAGUGUUGGAAGGGGUGCUGUCGAAGCUGUCAAGGUAUGAUGAAGGCUCUUUCUUUUCAUCCAUUCUGUCAUUCACUGUGAAAGCAGCAGCAAAAUAUGUUGAUGUUCCUAAGCCAGGAAUGGAUCUCGCAGACACCUAUAUUAUGUUUGUUCGGCAAAACCAGGACAUUCUUCGAGAAAAGGUCAAUGAAGAAAUGUAUAUAGAAAAGUUGUUUGAUCAAUGGUACAGCAAUUCCAUGAAAGUUAUUUGCAUGUGGUUGGCUGAUAGAUUAGAUCUCCAGCUUCACAUUUAUCAACUGAGGACUCUCAUCAAGAUUGUAAAGAAAACUUAUAGGGACUUUCGACUGCAGGGGGUAUUGGAAGGAACACUGAACAGUAAGACCUAUGACACUCUGCACAGACGCCUCACAGUGGAAGAGGCCACUGUCUCUGCUUCCGAAGGGGGAGGGCUUCAGGGCAUCACUAUGAAAGACAGUGAUGAAGAAGAGGAAGCCUGAUGACACAUAGUGCUGGAGAAGAAAGGAGGACAUUGACACUGUCUUUUGUACCUUGUCCUUGUAAUUAUAUUUAUUGUCUUAAUCAAAUGCUUGUAUUUCUUUAAGAAAGAAAUGAAGUUAGAGUUAAAAGGGAAAAAUGCCAAGUAUUUUUUGGAAGAUCCUUCUCUUUUGUGUAGCUUGACCUAGAAUGAGCUUUGACUUUGUUUGUGAUUAGAACAUGAUUUUUUUUCUUUUUAAAGCAAAUUUGACCUUUUGUUUUUCUGCACUCACAUCAGAGCAAGGUCCUGUGUGUAAAGUGAAUUGUAUUUUCCAUAAUAUAACAUAGUGAGAAGAAGCCACUUCUGAUCACUGUGCCAACUCUACCCUCCCUUUGUUAAAAUGUUGUGUACCUUCUGGUUUAUAAUUUAUGUGCCAGGUUGGUUUUCUAGUUAUUUUGCCAGUGUUGUGAUGUGUAUAAAAACUUUAACCUUGGUUUUCAUUACCUUGAAUUUGUCUGCAGGUGUAAUCCCGGGCUUAAAGGACUACCAAACCCAAAUAUAGACUAGAUUAUCCAUUGGGCUUGUGUCUUGUUCCAUUCUGAACAUUUAAGUUUAAGAAAUCCCAAGGUGUGCUUCCACCAACAUACCGUACUCCUACUUCUAAGUAUAAGAGCUUGCUGGCAAUAAAAAUCCAUUUGGUCAUAACAGCCUGUACUUAUUAGACUUGUAUAGAUUAAAUGCAGUAAAAGAUGU